AUGCGACUCCUCAUCCGCCAAGACGAUGAGCAGGUCUGUCGGGUUGCUUCAGAGUACAUUGCUCAUCGAAUACGCCAAUUCAGCCCAACCCCCGGUAAACCGUUUGUCCUAGGUCUGCCAACCGGCAGCACUCCGCUUCUCGUGUACAGAAACCUUGUACACAUGCACAAGCAAGGGAUUCUGUCCUUUCAAAAUGUCGUCACAUUCAACAUGGAUGAGUACGUUGGCCUGCCGCCUCACCACGAGCAAAGCUAUCACCGCUUCAUGUUUGACAACUUUUUCAACCAUAUCGACAUCAGACCGGAGAAUAUUCACAUUCCCAACGGAAAUGCCCCGGAUCUGGAUGCCGAGUGCAGAGCCUAUGAACAAGCCAUAAUCCAGGCUGGAGGGAUAGAGCUUUUUCUAGGUGGUAUGGGAUCGGAUGGCCACAUGGCGUUCAAUGAGCCGGGUUCCAGCCUCCAGUCUAGGACGAGGAUAAAGGCGCUCACCACGGAAACCAUCAAUGCCAAUGCUCGUUUCUUCGAUGGAGACGCGGGCAAGGUGCCUCGCUCAGCACUAACCGUCGGGGUCCAGACAGUCAUGGAUGCUCGAGAAGUGUUGAUUCUCGUGACUGGCGCACACAAAUCCCUGGCCUUGAUGAAAUGUGUCGAAGAGGGCGUCAAUCACAUGUGGACGCUGUCUUGCCUGCAGCUCCAUCGGUACGCUACCCUUAUUGUCGAUGAGGAAGCUACGCUGGACUUGAAAGUCAAAACUGUCAAAUACUUCAAGUCAAUUGACUCUGACAUGGUUCCAAAUGCCGCGAGCAAAUCGAAAUCUAGCCCCGAAGAAGACAAGGAAGCCGAUCGAGUCAUUCUCAUUCCUACGUCAGGAGCUGAUGUACUUCCAGUGACGCCCGAGUUGGUGCCAGCCACACAGGACACCUUCCUGGGAGCUUCCAAGCUUGGCUUUACCUCUCCAGAGGCCCAGCAGAGGGCCAGAACCCCGGAUUCAAUACUGGACAGCAUGGGGUCGAGAAUCAUUUACUGA